UUCUAACGUUCAGUCUUAAGUCGCCAUAUAUUCAGAAAUAACAGUGUUGCUUAGAUGCGAGUGUAAUUAUAACUGCUUCCAAUAAUAAAAGGGAAAACGUCUUUAUUGUGUUUAUGGAUAGUUCAUGUUACCGACUCGGCAACAAGAAAUCGGAAAUUUUAAUAAAUUAAAAAUAAUGUUGCCGUCAUCUGAUUUUCUUUCAUUAUUUCUUAUUCUUUCAAUAAGUAUUGUGAUUUGUGAUACUAUGGCAGUUCCAGAUAACAAUACGGAAAACUGGCAAUUGAUGUUAGUACACACCAAUGAUAUGCAUUCUAGAUUUGCUGAAGUUGACAAAUAUCUAAACCCGUGUGGUAAAAAUGAAAUAUGCUAUGGAGGUUUUGCACGAAUGAAGACAGCUUUGGAAGCUGCUUUUAAAGAGGCAUCUGAAAUAACAAUGCCCUUUAUUUCCUUAAACGCCGGAGAUACCUUUCAAGGAUCAACAUUCUUCACUAUUCUGGGCUGGAAACUUGUUGUCGAAAUGUUACAACACCUCAGAAUUGAUGUGAUGUGUCUGGGUAAUCAUGAAUUUGAUAGUGGUGUCGACAAUCUAUAUGAAUUUCUUAAGACUGUUAAUAUACCAGUUGUGUCUAGUAACCUCGAUUUUUCAAAGGAAUCAAAAAUGGCCAACAGUAAUUUAGUAACAAAAUCUAAAGUUUUAAUAGUAGAUGGGAAAAAAAUUGGCAUUAUUGGAUAUUUGAUACCAUCUACAAAGCUAAGAUCUCGUACAGGUAAUAUUAUAUUUUUACCUGAAAUUCCGUCGGUAUCUGCCGAAGCAAAACGAUUGAAGAAUGAAGGUGUCGAUAUAUUAAUAGGUCUCGGCCAUUCUGGCUUUGAUGUAGACAAAGAAGUAGCCAAACACGUUAAAGAAUUGGAUUUAAUAGUUGGUGGACACUCAAAUACAUUUUUAUAUAAUGACCAACCACCAGACAUAGAAGUACCAGUAGACACUUACCCGUAUUGGGUCGAACAACCAGAAACUAGAAAACGAAUUCCCAUAGUCCAAGCAUAUAAAGGGACCAAAUACAUGGGUAAAUUAAAGAUUAAGUUCAAUAAAAAAGGCGAACUAGUUAAAUGUGAGGGUAACCCAAUUUUACUGGAUUCUAAAAUCAAACCAGAUCCCGAUCUCUUGAGACGUAUUCAAGUUGUUCAGACUCAAAUUUUUGGUAAAAUAAAUGAGUUUGUUGCUGUUUCUGGAGUUUUCUUAGAAGGAGAUAAUGAUAUGUGUCGGUUGAGAGAAUGUAAUGUUGGUAAUUUGGCAGCGGAUGCUUUCGUCGAAUAUAAUCUCAAAAAAUAUAUCGGUACAUUCAAUUUCACGAAACAAUGGACAGAUGCUUCCAUAGCAAUACUUCAAAGUGGAUCCAUGCGAGCUAGUAUCGAUACAUCAAUGAAUGAAGGUAAUUUAACUAAAGGUGAUAUGCUAAGAAUAUUUCCAUUUACGAGUGAUGUGGGUAAAAUUCAAGUUAAGGGGUCCGCUAUUUGGUCAGCCUUCGAACACUCAGUACGUCGUUAUGAAGAUAAUGUAAAGUAUGGAGAUUUUCUUCAAGUAUCCGGAUUAAAGGUAGUAAUUGAUGUUAGUAAGCCACUUGGUAAGAGAGUUCAGUCUAUUUAUGUAAGAUGUUCUAUUUGUCGUGUACCAAUCUAUGAACCUAUAGUUAUGGAAAAUGUCUAUAAUGUAAUCAUGACUGAAUAUUUAGCAUCUGGAGGAGACGAAUACAAUAUGUUUAAAGAAGAUUCGGAAUUCCAUAGAAUAGGAGGAACAGAAGAAUCUGUCAUAGAAUACAUAUUGUCACUAAAAUCACCGUUAUAUCAAGGUAUAGAAGGCAGAGUUAUAGUUAUAAGAUCUGUUAAAUCAACUUCCAAAAAUGCUACACCUAAAGUUUACAGCACACCAACAAUUAUAGCAGUUUUUAUAAUAGCACUUUAUGCAUUUAACUUAUAUUGAACCAAGUUGAGAGAUCAUAAAUGAUCGCUAUAAUUUAUUUAUUUCUAUAAUGAUUGUAUGUAAACUUAGAAUGAACAAAAAGUGUUUUUAAUUUUGUGAUAAUCAUAUUUCAAGUUAUACCUGUAAAUUGCAACACUUUUUCUCGUUUAUGAUCUCUAAAGCCAAUUUGUUAUAAUACGAGGAUUUGUCAGCGAUUUAUAUAAAAAAUUUUAAGACUCUAAAGUACAAAACUUAAUUCAGAAAUCUUAACAUGUCUUAAAAGGUUGUUAAAUGAUAUAAAUUUAAUUUUCUUUUAAUUUUACUGAUCAAAUUAUGAUAUAUUACAGUUAUUUAAACAUUGUACACUUUAAAUAUGUAAUUUUUAAGUAUUAUGAAUUGUUGCCUUAAAAAAAAAACUAAUGAAAUUUUGUAAAUAUUUUACCUAUAUUGUAUUAAUAUUGUGAUGAUGCCAUUAUUAUUUAGUUGAACAUCGCAUUAUUUUAUUUAUAUAUAUUUAUCAAAUCUUACCAAAAAGGAAACACAUUAUAUUUCCUCUAAUGCUACUGAAUAACAUUUUAAACCGUUGAUAGAUUUAACAAAUAUUGAACAAUUAUAUAAAAUCUAAUUAGAAUUCCCUGACCUAUAGAACAGACACUAUACUUCGAUACAUGAAACGUUUGAAAAAGUUUUAUCUUGGUCAAAAAAA